GGGCAAAUGACUUGAAUAGACACUUCUCCAAAGGAAAUAAACAAGUAUGUGAAAAGAUGCUCAACAUCACUAAUUAUUAAGAAAAUGCAGACCACCCUUUAGGCACCAAGCUGUCGGGAGGCCUGACCCUGCCCUCUCCAUACUCCCCGCCAGUAAAUCGAAGCCCAGCGGGUAGACUUCGGGCUCGGCCACUUGCUGGGGGCAACGGGCUGGCCACGGGGCAUGCGAGGCUUGCAUGAGUGGCACUGCAGCCGCGUCACCCUCGGCCUGUGUUUGGAGUGCACGGACCGCAUUCACCUCGGUUCCCCAACUCCUGGCCCGGAGGUCAACAAACGCUGGUUGAAUAAGUGCUAACAAAGAGCUGGGAUGGAGGCAAGACCUCUAGACCUCUUUUAGCAGUUGUCCCCGCCUACUCCCUUCCACUUCCAGGUCAGGGAGGUGUGUCCGAAGGAAAGCAGGAAGCAAAUUCCUCCGGCGUGCCACAAUUUUAUAGUACGGCCUUCGCUUUUUCGUGCAGUCUCCUCACCUCAGAAUCGCCGCUUUAGGAAGUCAAUCUCUGGCUUAACUCUUCCCACGUCCUCUCCCUGAUCAAUCCUCUGCACUUCUAGAGAUUGAAAAAUAACUGCAGAGAAGAAAGGAAGUGGCUGUAGUAGAAUCACAGAAACCUCAUUCCCUGAGAGGCCUCCUGGAGAAGGAGAAUUUCCUGCUUUUUAAGUCAGUUACCAAAAUAUUUCGCUCCUAUUCCCAGAGCUUCGGUUGCUUUCACUUCCCAAUUCCUCAAGAGCACUGGGUGACAAAGUUAUGGAGAAGCGCCUGCAGGAGGCCCAGCUGUACAAGGAGAAAGUGAACCAAUGUUACCAGAAAGGGAAGUACCGAGAUGCUGUGAGUGGGUACCAUCGAGCUCUGCUACAGAUGCGGGGUCUGGAUCCAAGUCUGCCCUCCCUGAUACCUAAUCUGGGACCCCAGGGCUCGGCCCUCACACCUGAACAAGAAAACAUACUGCGCACCACCCAGACAGACUUCUACAACAAGCUAGCUGCCUGUCUUCUUCAGAUGGAGCCAGUAAACUACAAACGGGUGAAAGAAUACAGUCAGAAAGUCCUGGAGCGACAGCCUGAUAAUGCCAAGGCCUUGUAUCGGGCAAGAGUGGCCUUUUUCCACCUGCAGGACUAUGACCAGGCUUGGCAUUACCUCAUGGCCACUGUCAAUAGGCAACCAAAAGAUGCCAGUGUCCGGUGGUACCUGCAGCUAACACAGUCGGAACUCAGCAGCUACCAUCAGAAAGAGAAGCAGCUCUACCUGGGCAUGUUUGGUUAACAAAGAAGAAAGAUACCCCUCCACUGGAACUUAAGUGAACAAUUAAAGACCCAUCAAGGGGAAACCUGAGCCUCAGCAAGAGAAAUUAACCCCAUACCUCUGACCGAGGUGAACUUCUAUUUUGUUUCUAGUUCUGCAGGAACUCUUUAUUGUUUGCAUGGUCUGUUUUUGUUUCUCCAUCUAUGUAUUUAUACGGCUUGUAAUAUGUGGUAUUAUUAGGGAUAUUUGCCUUGAGAAAUACAACCAGAAAACAUUCAUCAGUUAUGGGUGGAAUUAAUCAUAUCUUUGGCAUAGAUUUUAAUGAUAGAUGUUGGUAGAUGUAGUCAUAUACAAAGGAGAAGGCUAGCAGAGGAUGAAGUAGUGAGGAAGGCAGAAAGGAGUUUCUUCCUUCGUUUCCUCAGAUGCCCAAAGCCAAACUUACACAGGCCACAAACUGGCAAAUAUAUACUGUGAAACUAGACAAUUAUAAAUUGGGCCCACACGGUUCAGAAUGAAAGAUUUGAAAUUAACCGUCUUGAUUAAAAUAAUUCCUUUGUCUUAAUGUUCCACACACAUUCAGAUUCUUUUUCCCCCACAAAAGUAUCUAGUUCUCUUGUUUCUCUUGGUAAUUUCUAGUCCUUGCUAUUGUUCAACUCAGAUCAUUAAUAUAGUAUACUUAUUUAUUUUUUUAUUAAACCCUUCUAUCUUAAAACUUCUGGAGUCAAGCAUUUAAGUAUGUAUUUUGUAAUCUCUUAAAAGCUCUCAUGCCAAAAAAACACUCAUAAACAUUUUAAUUUUUAAUAGGUGCAUAUCUGUAGUAUGCUUAUUUCUCUAAAAAAAAACAUAGGAAAAACAGUUUACCAAGUCUUCUAGAAACAAUACCAUAAAAGAACAGGAUAAAAACAUAGAUCUGUUCUUUACUUGUUACCCCACCCCCUUGUAUUUUGCAGGAGCUCACUUCCUUAAAGAGGAGGGAAACAUUGAGGAAAGGUUCUCUUCCCUUAGGGCCUUUAAAGCACCAGUGAACUUUCUGGAAGAGUUUUUGGGCAUAGGUGCAGGCGCAGAUCUGGUGCAGUCAUGGCUCAGUAGGAGGCUUCAUCAACCGGGAGUUCCUUUGUCAUUCUGCUAAUGUCCACAAUGUAUGAGUUGUACAGAGUAGAUAAGACCAUAAUAGCACUGCUUCUACCUUUAUGAGUGAAGGUAAUAAGCAUGUCAUUAGCCAUCAUACACAGAUUUCAGACAAAAACCCCUCAGUCUUGCCAAGUGUACACAAGCUCUUCUCCUUUUAUCAGUAAUGCCUCUCUCUCAAUGAGCUAGGCUCCUCUUUGAGUCUCCCUGAACCCUUAAAUAAUACAACCAUCAACUUACAAACAAAAAGUUUUCAUACCAAAUAAUCUUUUAAGUCCAAGGACAGAACUAACAGAAGGUGAAUAUUUUAUUCCUCUUCCAAGCUUCUUAAAUUUCUAAGCCUAGACUCUUGCUAAAUUAUGUCAUGGUUGUGUGUUAUGUUUGUUUGGAGUUGGGUUUGCUUUCUGAUUUUCUUUCUUUCCCCUAAGACGAUGUUACAGUAAGCUAUGUUCUGCAUCAAUGAGGAAAAAAUAAAACUGAUAUUUAAAAAUGAAAAAAAAAAGAAAAUGCAAAACAAAACCACAAUGAGA